CACCGACGCCUUGUAGUAUCCACGUCGCCACGACCGCGUAAUCGUCUACAGCUUUAUAAUUAACUUCGACAUACCUAUUUGCGCAUAUGGCGCGUCUCAACGAGCCGCCGAUCGCACCUCAGCCAUCGACGGAUUCUAUAGAAGCCCUCAAGCGACGCUUUUUGAGGCAGAACCGCGAACUCGCAAAAACGAACUCGAUUCAGUCUAUACGCAUACGAAGCCUCGAAACAGACUGUUCGCGAUUACUCGCCGAGAAUUUGGCAUUGCGCGAGCAGGUCCUGAACCUUCACAACACUAUUGAGUCGCGUCCGGCACUCGAUCAGAUUGAUGUUGUUAAGACACAGCUUGAAGCCAAGCUUUCAGAGCUCGGUAGCUUGGUAGCAGGUUUAUCGCAAUCAAGAGGUGGGCAUGAGAAGGAUGCGGGAAGACGAAAAAGCCAGAUGACAGCAAAGAGAAAAAGCGGAGAAGAGCGACAAUGGAGAAGUGGAUUGGGUCUUCAGGAGGUAGAGAACGGCAUGCUGCCUACAAUCACAGAAGACAAAUACUAUCCUCGAAGGACAAUGGGUGCAGACGAGCUUCAGCAGGUUUUAGAAGACCCGGACAGCCAAUCACCAGACAUCGGUCCUCCACCAGUUGCGCGAUUCGAAGACGAAGAUCCCAUUGGUUUUGAUCCCAGUCCUGCAGUAGAGGAACAACGUGAGGAGGCUGGAGAUGAGGGCGAGCCUGCGUUGUCGGUAAACCUUGAGACGCGUAAGAAGCGACGAGAAAGUGGGCCGAAGCUUAACAUACGUCGCGUGUCCCUUUUCGAAUCUCCGGAAGAAGCUGAAGAGACAGCUACAAAGCCUCUGCGUACUGGAGCGAAGCGGAAAUUCAGCGUCCAGGAAGACGAGGAAGUGAGCCAAGCCAAGGGUGACGCUUUCAGAUUCAGUCGCCGCAAUAUCUCAGGUGCUCCAGGGAUAGAGACAUCUAGUAGCGAAUCCAAGCCUUCGUCAUUAGAUCGGCUUCCCGUUCUUUCAGCUAAACCCGUCAAUACCGAUCCAAUUUUGUCGCCAAAGAAGCAUCGCUCUUCAAACCAAGACAAGCCCGAGAAACCAGAGAAGCCCGAGAAGCCAGCAUCGAAAACUCGUAGUCGUCCUCGAUUGAAUAUUACACGCAACACCACUCCGGACCUUCCGCUGAUACCCAUGCCUGAACCUGUACCUACUGCAGAGAUCAUACUCGAUUCUCUACCUCCUAAGACACCUGCUGUGGACACUAUUCUCUCUCCACCUUCUACCGAGCCGUCGACGCAACGACCAGACAACAAGGAUACACCGCCACCGGGAGAUCUCAGUUCCGCAGAUCAGACCGGUCAAGCAGGUCGACCUGGCAGACGAGCGCGUCCUCAAGUCAGUUACAAAGAGCCCAGUCUCAACGUAAAGAUGCGACGUCCAGAUGCUAAGCUAGUUGAUGCGGUGGUCGAUCGCAGGACAAGUGUAGAAACCCAGCAUGUACCUUCAACCCUUGUCAAGCGUGACGCAGAUGGCGAAAUCUCUUGGAAGCCCGUGUCGGUAGUCUCUCAGCCGAGAGGUGAAGAAGAGGCCGAAGCAGGUAGCCCACUGAGACAGAAACUCGACAGAAACCAAGACUCCAAAGCAUCACCAGCGUCGUUUGAACCUGAGGAGCGAUCGACAACCUCGAAGGCCAUAUCCGCGCUCAUCACCGAAACCAGUACUGCUAAGAGAAGAGUAUCGUCAUCAACUGCAGGAUCCGCCUCCGAGCUUGCCAUCGCCAAGCCAGUAGAUCUUCCUCUUCUAAACAAGGAUACCAUAGCCGUUGAACAAGAGCCGAAAGAGAAGGACAGCUUGGCCGUGUUCGACUUUACCGACUCUUCACCUGCGGACCCAACGACCAACCCACGUACACGGGUUAACGAACUUGCUAAAGCAGCGCGAAGUGCGCGGCGACACUCUGCUAUGCCUGCUUCUUCUACAUCAACUUCAUUAGAAGAGCGCAAAGCCGAGAGGGGAAGGGUUGAAGGGGCACUCCCUUCGUUGCAUAAGCGCACUGGAAGCGGAAAUGUGAAAAACAGUAGUAGUACUUCGAGUCUAGGAAGAAGUACUAGUGCUAAUGGUAUCGCUAGGGGCACGUCAAGUGCUCGAACGGCAGGCGUGAAGGAGAAGAGACUUACCGAUACUGCAAGUGUACCGGCUGGUGCCAGUACGGCUGACGUAAGGGCGAACGCUGAUGGAGCCGAAAGCAUCAAAGUGCGAGACGGAGGGAGGGAGACGAGUACAUUAAGAGCUGAGCGCGCAGCUAGCCGUCGAAAAAGUAUGAUGCUUUAGGGCUGGACUUAGGAUACCAUGUAGAUGAUUGGGGCGUUCUCAUAUAUUGGCGUUAUGACUGGCACGACAUGAGCUGUUUCUCCAUAGCGACGGCGUUUUUCUUCGCGAAUGAUACCUGAUCUCACGGG